AUGGACGGGGACAGGACCCCGAGAGCGGACCGUGCAGUGGGCACGGAGACAGGAGGGCGCGAGCUGGCCCAGCAGCCCAGGCUCCGUGCCCCGCAAGCCUCCCCCAAAGGCAAAGCCCUUCUCCUUCGUCUUCCUCGCUGCUGCAGGCUCCUGCUCUGCUCCCUGCCCCGUGUCAGCCCGGUGGGGACAAACCAGCCAUUCUAUGCAACCUCCCGGCGGAGCAUCCCUGCACCGGCCCCGGAGCGUGCGCGGCAUCCCGGAGCAGGGCCCGACCUGCGCCUCUGCUUCCUACCUCGGGCUGCGAGCUGCCGCGGCCCCAUCACCCUGUGCUGGUCCCUGACACCUUCGGGGUUCAGCCCGGCACCCCAUGGGGCCGCACUCGCGUACCCCCACACCGUCUUCCUGCGCCGUCUUCCUCCCUGCACCGUCUUCCUCCCACCGCCUCGGUGCCCGUGUUGCCGCUGCCGUGGCUUGCGGGCUCGACGCCUCCUGGGGAUGUCCCUGUCACGGGCCUCGCUGCAGCAGCACGGUGGCCACGCACCUGCGCCCCACGCAGGGGAAGAGCAUCGCCCCGGCCACGCAGGCACCCCACCAGCGAGAAGAUCCUUAGUGCCUUGGCACAGCCAGGUGGGAGCAGAGACCCUCGGGCAGCCACAGGGUGGGCGGCAGGAUAGGGACCCCCAGCACACCAAGAGGCUCAGCCGCCGCAUGCCGAGGGGUGUCCCGCUCAGAUGGGGAGCCAAGGGCAGCCCUGACCACAGCCUCACCAGGGCAGAGGGAGCGGGCAGCAGGCCAGCUGGCGCUGGCACCGGUCCCGGCAGCCUGUCCUGCUCCUUCACUGUGACUCUGCAAAACAGCGGGGCGGUGGCGGUGACGAUGGCGAUGGCCGGGCUGGGAGGAAGCAGAAGGGCCCGGCUGGGUGCUGUGCUGCUCUGGGCGGAGUGGCAGGCUCGGCUGGGUGGACAAGAGGAAGGACAAAGCCGGCUCCUGGCAGCAGCCAUGGCCGAGGCUGGGGACCACAGCAUCCACACGCAGCACAUCUCGGCCGUGCACAACGUGCCCAUGCGUGUCCUCAUCCGGCCCAUCCCCGCGGAGCUGGAGCCAGGCAAGGUGCAGAGCCUGGUGGAGACCCUGCAGGAGGAUCCCGAGCGGGUGCCCCCCAUCGACGUGCUCUGGAUCAAGGGCAGCGAGGGGGGGGAUUACUUCUACUCCUUCGGGGGCUGCCACCGCUUCGCCGCCCACAGGGUCCUCAACCGGGAGACCAUCCCCGCCAAGAUCAUCCCCUCCACCCUCAGCGACCUCCGCACCUACCUGGGCUCCUCCACGCCCCACCUGCGCUAGCCCGGCACUCCGGUGGGUGCACGGCCCGCCGCAAGCCCCCUCUGCCCCUGUGGGUCCCCGUGGGCUGAGCUGGGCCUGAUCCUGGGUCCCGGUCAGCCUCCGCUGAGGAUGGGGUCAGCGUGUCCCGGCCCUGGAGGUGGUGGUGGGGGGGUCCCCGGGUCUCUGCGGGGCUGGGCUCUCCCCGCGCCCCCCCGGCCGGGAUGGGGUCGGGAGCCCGCUGGUGCCCGGCGCGGCGCGGCCGGCAGGUGGCGCCAUUGUGCCGCGCUGGGCCGCCCCCAGCGGCAGCGGGGAACGGGGCGGGAUGGACCGGGAUGGACCGGGAAUGGCUG